GACACAGAUCUUCAAUGUAAAAAAAAAAUCAGAUCAGACCCAGAGAGAGAGAGAGAGAGAGAGAGAGAGAGAGACAGAGAGGGAGGAGUGUGUGUGUGUGUGAGUGUGUGUGUGUGUGUGUGUGAAAGAGGGAGAGGGAGCGAGAGAGCGAGAGAGAGGGAGAGAGAGGGAGGGAGAGAGAAAAGAAGAGGGGGAAAAAAAGGAAAGAAGAUUUUCUCUAUGUAUAUAAAGAUGGCCACGUUAGCAAACGGACAACCAGACAAUACCAGCCUGAGUAGCAAUCACAGCAACCCCAGCACCAACGGGCAUAUGAACGGAUUAAACCAUAGUCCCGGAAACCCAUCCACCAUCCCAAUGAAGGACCACGAUGCCAUUAAGCUCUUUAUUGGGCAGAUCCCCCGUAACCUGGACGAGAAAGACCUCAAACCGCUCUUCGAGGAGUUCGGGAAGAUCUAUGAACUGACGGUGCUGAAGGACAGGUUCACUGGCAUGCACAAAGGCUGUGCCUUCCUAACAUACUGCGAAAGGGAGUCUGCUCUAAAGGCCCAGAGCGCACUGCAUGAACAGAAGACACUGCCGGGGAUGAACAGACCGAUCCAGGUGAAGCCAGCGGACAGCGAAAGCCGAGGAGAAGACAGAAAACUCUUUGUGGGCAUGCUCAAUAAGCAGCAGUCGGAAGACGAUGUGCGCAGGCUAUUCGAGGCAUUUGGCAACAUCGAGGAGUGCACAAUCCUUCGGGGACCUGAUGGCAACAGCAAAGGGUGUGCAUUUGUGAAAUACUCUUCACAUGCAGAGGCCCAAGCUGCCAUCAAUGCCUUGCAUGGCAGCCAGACAAUGCCGGGAGCCUCUUCAAGCCUGGUGGUGAAGUUUGCGGACACGGACAAGGAGCGUACAAUGAGGCGCAUGCAGCAAAUGGCAGGACAAAUGGGCAUGUUCAACCCCAUGGCCAUCCAGUUUGGAGCUUAUGGAGCCUAUGCACAGGCACUGAUGCAGCAGCAAGCGGCCAUCAUGGCCUCAGUGGCGCAGGGCGGGUACCUGAACCCCAUGGCCGCCUUCGCCGCGGCCCAGAUGCAGCAGAUGGCGGCUCUGAACAUGAACGGCCUGGCAGCCGCCCCCAUGACUCCAACCUCAGGUGGAAGCACGCCUCCUGGCAUAACUGCACCAGCUGUGCCUAGCAUCCCAUCUCCAAUUGGGGUGAAUGGUUUCACUGGCCUCCCGCCACAGGCUAAUGGGCAGCCAGCUGCUGAAGCCGUGUUUGCUAAUGGCAUUCACCCUUAUCCAGGUGUAUGGCACCAGAUUUCCUUCCAAGAGGCCCCCACCUUUGCAUCCUCCAAGCCUUGCCUCCAGCCACACCUCUGUGCGGCACAGAGCCCCACUGCAGCAGACCCCUUGCAGCAAGCCUACGCUGGAGUGCAGCAGUACGCAGGUCCUGCUUAUCCUGCUGCUUAUGGCCAGAUUAGCCAAGCGUUCCCACAGCCACCUCCCAUGAUCCCACAGCAACAGAGAGAAGGACCAGAGGGCUGUAACCUGUUUAUCUACCAUCUGCCCCAGGAGUUUGGGGAUGCUGAGCUGAUGCAGAUGUUCCUGCCUUUCGGUAAUGUCAUCUCCUCGAAAGUGUUUGUGGAUCGGGCGACAAACCAAAGUAAAUGCUUUGGUUUUGUGAGUUUUGACAAUCCUGCCAGUGCCCAAGCUGCUAUCCAGGCCAUGAAUGGAUUCCAGAUUGGCAUGAAGAGGCUGAAGGUGCAGCUGAAGAGGCCAAAGGAUGCUAAUCGUCCCUACUGAAGGGUUGUGGGAACCACUGGAUACAAAGCACUAGCACAGGGCAGCAGCUGAAUGGGCCACAUUUAGAAAAAAAAAAAGUAUAUAUAUAUUAAAAAAAAAGUGAACUGUUGGAUUACAUCUUUGACAUAUCAGCAAAUAUCAGUCGAGCUGAAGACUUCAGACCUAUUCUCUCUUUGUUUAGACUGUAACAUUUCUUCAAGAAAAGUAUCACAUCUGCUGACUUCGAAGGACAUGCGCUUGAAAACAAACAAACACAUAAAGUAAAAUCAGAGCAGGAGGAAGAUGAACCGGGAUUUCUGAAGAGACACUGAUAUCACCACAGCGGCUUUUCUUCAAACAGGAGAUGCAAACCUGGAUUCUGGCAAAGGAGUGCCUGUUUGCCACCAAGGAUGCGGUUACCAUGCAAGACCCAUGGUAACAGUCACUGAGCAUCUUUAUCUGUCAUUCCUUAGCUAUAUAGGGACCAAAGGACAAAACUUUUUACCGCAGACUUGUAGCUGUAUGUAAAAUAUGGAAGUUCUUUCCUUUUCUCUGAGCUGUUCCUAAAACAGUUUUUGAGAGCGAUUAUAUGAAAUAUGUAAAACCUAAAAAAAAAAAAAAAACCAAAAAAACACAAAAAACACAAAAAACACCAAAAAAAAAAAAACAAAACACAAAAAAUUACAAAUGCUUAAAUGCUUUUAAAAUGGCAAGAUAAUAGUUCUUUGAUACUUUGGGAGGUUCUUUGGUUAUACAUUAAUUAGAGUCUAUGAAGCUUUCAUAUGGUUUUCUGUAUAAUACGCAAGGAUUGCGUUGUUAAAGGCAGGUAAGAUGGAUAUCUAUGAAAAGCAAAAAAAAGUAAAUAAAUAAAUACAUAAUUAAGUACAUAAAAAGGCAUAGAAAAGAGAAAGGAAAGAUGGUUGAUAUUAAAUGGAAAACAAAAAGGUUUGUAAAUGCUUCUAACUCUCCCCAUUUAAAAUCCUAAUAGUUGUACAGAAUUUAAAAAAGAAAGUUUAAAAUACCUAUAUAAUAGAAAAAAAUUAGACAACAUAAAAAUAAAAAAAAACAAAAAAGCAAAAAAAAUAAUACUACAUAGAAGUUAGCGUUAAUGCUAAAAACAAAGAUGUUGUAGAACUGUAAUUUUGUAGAGUUUAGAUUGAGCAUAAAUUCCUACUCUCUGCCAAUUGCUGUUGGAUGCUGUUAUUUAUCGAGGAGAAAAAGGAGAAAAAUGGCUAUUUUGGCAGCUUUUUUAACUGCAAGCAUUCCAGCUAUUAAAAAAUAAACAAGACAAGACUCAAUUCUGUAGACAAUGCAAAUGGGAAAAAAAAAAAAAAACAGCUGUCUUUUUAUCAGACGUUAGUUCUAACUUGAACAACAAAACACAGCUAAACGCUUCAUGUCUUCAUGAUCUGCUGUCCGCAAAAUUCCCAUCAUCCUAUGCUUCAGUAGCUUCCAUAUUUGCUCUAGAAACCUUCAGGGCAAGGGAUUAGCCUAGUACCUUAAUCUUAAAAAAAAAAAAAAAACAAAAAACCUAAAAAACCUAAAAAACCUUAAAAAAAAAACCAUAAAAAGUAAACUAAAGAAACAAUCUCUUUGAAGAAUUUCUGAAACUGUUUACAAGGAAUUUUGAAAAACAGGGGGAUGUUUAAAAAAAAAAAAGAUGCUGGCUCUGUUUUCUGUAAAUAAAUUUGCAUAUUUUGUAGGACUUUUAAUUGUAAUGAUAGAGAAAAAACAAGGAAAACUAUUUAAUGAAAGCACGAUAUUUAUCUUUGGUAAAUGACUUUAGAGCAGUUAAAAAUAAGACAUUGCUUUAAAAAAUCUGACUCAGAAAAAACAAUGAAUUAUUUAAGAACACAUAUAUUUUAAAGAAUAUCAUAUUUAUUAUAAUUUAUUUUCACAGUCUUAAAACUUGAUUUACAUAAUUCUCACACUUGUUUGCAUCCAUUGAGCAGUGUGAUAAUUGUUUUUGAUUAUUAUUUGGUUAUACUCUUGUUUUUGGUUAAUGCUCUUGUUUGUUUUUCUCAGUAUUUUUUAUUUCAAUCUCAAACUUCCUGUCUUUGUUGUUUUUUCCUUUUUGGUUCCUUUUCCUUUUUUUUUUUUUUAAUGUUAAUUUUGAUUACAUAUUGGGCCUGACCGUGCAGUCCUUACUCUUCCAAAACUCUCAUGGGGAUAUAACGAGCAUUUUGCCAGAGUAAGGACUGAAGCAAACUGAGCCCACAGCUAGGAAGUACAGAUGUGUAACGCAGCUGCAGUUCCAUACAACUGCUCUUUCACUCUCAAUUCCCUAAAACUCCUUGUAAUCUUCUGUAAUUAUUGAAUGACGCUUUCCAGCUUAGCCCUAAAUAAAGCACAGUUUAAAAAAAA